CCUUUGCAGAUGGUGGUUGGCAAUCUUGCUUUAUGCGCAAGCAUUCUGAUUGGAGCAUGGGCCGACACUGUUUGCUAUGUCAGGCAUCCUGUUGAUCUGGCCAACAAAACGAACUGCGACGUUUUAAAUCUGGACACAUAUAAGAACGACUCUUUACCAGUCGAUCCAAGACUUUUUGAUUAUAUCAGCAAGUUCAAGGUGUACGAAAAGUUUAUGUUAAGACAUUCGGAAUUGGAGAAGUUCACAGAUCAAGAUGAGAUAAGAUUAAAACCAGGAACUAUAUUGAGUAUUACGGAAAACUUCAAAUUGUUAAAGCUCCCAAAGUUUGUAUGGGAUGAUGGUGCAAGAAUUUUCAUAACGAUAAAGGACAAUCAUAAACUUGACACUACUGAAAUCAGGGAGAUGCUGGAAUCGAAGCAUAUUGGCAACGCGGAUGUGCAACAUCCUUUCGCAUGCGGCUUUACAAGAAAAAGUUCUUCUCAGUGCAAGAUUAUCGAAGGAACUCUCACUAUCGGGGAUAGUAUAAAUGACAAUUUGGAUAAUCUUGAAGAGAUCUAUGGUCAAAUCGAAGUGCACAAUUAUCCCAGAGCAACUCUACCUGCUAUGCCAAAGCUGAGAAAAUUGGAGUGGACUAAGGAAGGGUCAAAAGACGCAGCAAUCAAGAUAUAUGAUAAUGAUCAAUUGACAAGUAUCGCAGAGCUUUUCAAGCUGGAUAAUAUCGUGCUUGGAUCAACAAACAAAGCAAUCAUGAUCAAAAACAAUUCUUUACUUUGCAUUGAACCGGAAAAUGUUGAUCGUCCCUUCGUAAAGAAGUACGCCCAAAACGUGAGAAUCUGCGGAUCUGAAGGCGCAGCACAUGGUCUUUCACACACAGCCGACGGUCUUCCUGAACAAGCAGCUAUCUCUAAUAUAUCCUCUUCCAACACGGGUCUUCUAUGUGCGAUAGUUGCUAUAGUUAUAACACUUCUUGUCUAAGAUGCAGCGGGAAUGAAAGUUUGAAAAAUCUUCUAAAAAGUUUUCUGCA